AUGCUGGCAGCCGCCGGCCCCUCUGGGUCAGGUCGUAGCCCGGCCACGCCGUCCCAUGUCACCGAUGCAUCCGUGUCUCCGGCGGCGUCCAUCUUCCAGCCCGUGCAAGCCGUCGAUGAGAUCUUCGACUAUGCCAGCUUCAUGUGGGAUGCCGGCGAUGCCUGGCAGCAGGCCGACCCCGAGUCGGGUCAACAGAUGAGCCUCGGGGGCCAGGCUCUACGAAGUCAAUACAGUAGUCAGCCUCUCGGAGGCCGGCAACCACAACCCAUGUCCAGCCCGCCAAACAUCGGCUUCACAGAUCGGACCGCCAUGGACAGCCUGUCGGGACUGUCAUCGGUACCCGAUGCGAGCAGUCAAUCAGAGCAGGCCAUGGAUAUGCAGGACCCGACAGAAGACGACCGACUAAUGGACUAUUUCAGCCGCGUCGUCGUCCCGCCCAUCCUCGCCGAGGUUGAGACGCAGAAGAAAUGGCUGGCGGUCCGCCAGGUCGUCGUGGACAUGGCCGGCGCGUCCCAGAUGGUCAAGUGGUCGGCCCUCGCCUUCUCCAACCUGAUUCUGUCCCGUCGCGAGGGGGCCUGGCUCACCGGCCCGGCGGACCACUACCAGAAAGCCGCGUCGGAAGUGGCAGCGUGCGGCGACGGGUCGUCUCCCGCCAUCGACAACCCCGGCUCCCGCCGAGAGCACCUGCUCGCGACGCUGUUCUUCCUGAGCUACGUCGACAUCCUCAGGGGCCGGAUCAAGGCGGCGGAUUCGUUCCUAAAGCGGGCGUACGGGCUGUUCCAGCAGGGUGAGAAGAGCAGCUUCACGGUCGUCGAGAAGCAGUUCCUGCAGUGGAUGCGUCUUCUCGACGCCCGCGCCGUCUCUGCCGGCGGCCAGGGCCUGCUCUUGUCCAAGGACGACGAGCUGCUGCUCGUCGAGGCGUCGCCGGCGAGCUUCGACGGCGGCGUCGCCGACUCGGGGAGAGAAGACCUCGCCGACGGCGACAUUGAAGAUGUCCUGUUCCAGGUCCUGUACCAGCCCGGCAUCGUCUUCUUCCAGAAAGUGCAGAGCUUCAUGGGGCGGAUAUCCAAGAUCGACCCGUGGCACCGAUCGCGCGGCACGGUCGAGGACGAGACGGAGGUCAUGAACAUCGGGGCGGCCAUCACGGCCGACCUACGGGCCCUGUACGAGCAGCGGCCGCCGCUCAUGGACUACGCCGUGGCGGGCAAGCUGACGGAGCCUCACGUUUCGCCCCAUCUCGCCUUCGUCAUCACGCGUGCCUUUCGCACCUACCUCGCCAACUACCACGCGAGCAAGGUCCACCUGCACAGGGUGGCCUACAAGUCCUUCCCGCUGACCAAGGAGGCGGAUGACGCGCUGGGCCAAAUCCGGCGUCUGGCGAGGCUCCUCGUCGACUCCCUCGACGCGGACAACUCGCUGCCCGUCAACAUGCUCUGGCCCCUGCUGAUGCUGGGCUCCGAGGAGCGGGACCCCCAAGAGAGGGUCUGGAUCAAGACGCAGAUCCUCCGGAUGGAGAGGGUCGCUGGCAACGCCAAGAUCACGGCUCAGGUGCUGGAGGAGGUCCAGGCGAGGCAGGACGCUAACAAGGUCCGGGUCGACAUUCGGUCCGUCAUGCACGCCAUCUUCAACUCGUGCUUCGCCAUAGUCUGA